UCCGGUGCUUGUGAAAUGGAACACAAAAGUAUGGAUAUGGAAAACCAACAUCCUUCUAUGAGUAGGCUUCAGGAAAUCCAAAAGGAGGUAAAAAGCAUAGAAGAGCAAGUACUCGGCUUCAAUGAUCUGUCAGAGGACAAGAAUUACAAGAAACUGGAGAGGAUGCUAACAAAGCAACUCUUUGAAAUAGACUCUGUAGACACUGAAGGAAAAGGAAACAUCCAGCAAGCCAGGAAGAGGGCUGCACAGAAGACAGAACGUCUCCUCAAGGAGUUGGAGCAAAACGCAAACCACCCAGACCAAAUUGAAAUACAGAACAUUUUUAAGGAAGUCCAGUCCCUUAUGAGAGAGAAAAUUGUGCCAUUUUAUAGUGAAGGCAACUGUGUAACUGAUGAAUUUGAAGAAGGCAUCCAGGACAUCAUUCUGAGGCUGACACAUGUUAAAACUGGGAGGAAAAUCUCCUUGUGGAAGGCAAGGUAUCACACUUUGACCAAAAUCUGUGCAUUGCAAGAAAUCAUCGAAGACUGCACGAAGAGGCAGCCUUCCCUGCCGCUGUCUGAGGACACACAUCCCUCUGUUGCCAAAAUCAACUCUGUGAUGUGUGAGGUGAACAAGGCCAGAGGUACCCUGAUUGCACUUCUGAUGGGGGUGGACAACAGUGAGACGUGCAGGCACUUGUCUUGUGUGCUUUCGGGGCUGAUGGCUGAUCUGGACGCUUUAGAUGUGUGCGGGCGUACAGAAAUCAGAAAUUAUCGGAGGGAGGUCGUAGAAGACAUCCACAAACUAUUGAAAUAUUUGGAUUUAGAAGAGGAAGCAGACACUACUAAGGCGUUUGAUCUGGGACAGAAUCAUUCCAUUUUAAAAAUAGAAAAGGUCCUCAAGAGAAUGAGAGAAAUAAAAAAUGAACUUCUCCAAGCACAGAAUCCUCCUGAAUUGUACCUGAGCUCCAAAACAGAAUUGCAGAGUUUGAUUGGACAGCUGGAUGAGGUAAGUCUCGAAAAACCCUGCAUCCGUGAAGCCAGGAGAAGAGCGGUGAUUGAAGUGCAAACUCUGAUCACUUAUAUCGACUUAAAGGAGGCCCUUGAGAAAAGAAAGCUGUUUGCUUGCGAGGAGCACCCAUCCCAUAAAGCUGUCUGAAAUGUCCUUGGAAACUUGUUGGAGAUCCAGGGGGAAGUUCUUUCUUUUGAUGGAAAUCGGACUGACAAGAACUACAUACGGCUGGAGGAGCUGCUCACUAAGCAGCUGCUGGCCCUGGACACGGUGGACCUGCAGGGAGAGGAGUGGUGUAAGGCUGCCCGAAAGCAGGCUGUGAAGCUGGCCCAGAACAUCCUCAGCUAUCUCGACCUGAAGUCGGACGAGUGGGAGUACUGA